AUGGUGGUUCGUUUGCGGCUUUCGAGGUUCGGAUGCAGAAACAAGCCAUUCUACAGAGUAAUGGCAGCUGAUAGUAGAUCGCCAAGAGAUGGCAAGCAUUUGGAGGUCUUGGGCUACUACAAUCCCCUCCCUGGUCAAGAUGAUGGUAAAAGAAUGGGUCUAAAUUUUGAUAGAGUGAAAUAUUGGCUUUCUGUUGGUGCACAGCCUUCGGAACCUACGCAACGCCUUCUUUUCCGAGCAGGGUUGUUGCCCCCACCACCAAUGCUAGCAAUGGGACGAAAAGGUGGCCCUCGGGACACACGUCCAGUUGAUCCAAUGACUGGGCAUGUUAUGGCGCCUGAAAAACCAAACACUGCGAAAUUAGAAGUAGACACUGAAGGAGAUGAAGUUGAGCAGGAAAAAAAUUCGAAGAGUCCAUAA